GCAAAGACAACAGUAAAACAGGCUGGUCCAGUGGUCAAAGGCAUCAUAUAUAAACUCCCAGGCUCUGUGUGCAAACAUACAGACAGGGAGAUUUCUCUCAGAUAACAGUCAAGUGGACCAACGUGAAGGAGCUGAUAUGAAGCUUGGGUUGCUGGUCGUGGCGGCUGUGGCAGUUCUGCUGCCCAGCUUUUCUGAGAGCCGGAUUGUCUCCAAAUGUGAGCUCAGAGACAAGCUCAGAGAAAAGCUCAAACUGCCCAGAGGACUGGAGGAAGGAAUCCUGGCAACAAUUAUCUGUGAAGUGGACAGGAGGUCUCGUCUGAACACCGCCUUGGUCACAGUGUUUGGUAACCGUAUACCUACCACACCCAAGCCAACCGUGAUCACAGCCCCCGCCACAACAGGAGCCAACAAAAUGACCGCUGCAGCCACCAUCCAACCAACAAGCACCAAUUCACCAACCACUCAGCUGACCAAUACUACUGCUACUGCUACCACUAUUACAACCACUGCUACUAGCCCUGCUGCUACUAACGCUACCAUCAGCUCAGUGAACACAACCCUUGUGUCAAACAGCACAGUUCUUGGUGGAAGACGAAAGCGGGGGGCCGACUCAAGCAGUGAGGAGGAAGAUGGGGAUGAAACAAGCAGUGAGGAGGGUGCAGGACACAUCUUGAAGCCUUUGUCCCUCGGCCUUUAUGGGCUCUUCCAGCUGUCUGAUAAACAAUUCUGUGAUUCGGGGUAUCGCCGGUCCAGGAAUGUGUGCCGUACCUCCUGCACAGCAUUCACCAAUGAUGACAUCACUGAUGAUAUUGCUUGUUUUGUCAAGACUGGUUACUGGAGGCAGAUCCUGGAGAGCGCCUCACGCUCGUGUCGCCGCACCUCCAAUUUCUUCAAAGAGUGUAAAUAAAUGGCUGCAAGUUCAGAGUUUCUUCCUGCAGGAUCAUCAUCAUUAUCAUCCUCAUCCUCAUCCUCAUCAUCAGAUCCAUUUCUGAUGAGCUGUGAUCAUGUAGCUGCAUGGUCCAUUACCUGCUAAACAAUAUAAACCAGUGCUUUAUUUUUUGGUGGUGGGAUCUUUCAAUAAAUAUUGCCUUGCA